AGCCUUCUGAUUGGUUAUUGCUAGGGGACAGCUCCGCUACAUCUUCAAUUUAGGGCAGAAAGCAGCCGUUUAACAUCCCUGCUGGGGCUUAGCUCUAAUUGUGGCGUCGUCGAAGCUGAACCGAUCGCUGUUUUAUUAUUUUUAACGGUAGCGAGACUGGUGGGAACGGUUUAAUAUAAUGUAGCCUGUUCGCUGCGGUCUGUUUAUCAGGUGUGACAGUCGGAGACCACGUGUUUAUUUUGUCCCUGAGAUCAAGACCUUCAAACUGGCUGAAAUGGAUGAGCAAAGUGUUGAGAGCAUCGCUGAGGUGUUUCGCUGCUUCAUCUGCAUGGAGAAACUGAGGGAUGCUCGCCUCUGCCCACACUGCUCCAAACUCUGCUGCUUCAGCUGCAUACGACGAUGGCUGACGGAGCAGAGAGCCCAGUGUCCUCACUGUCGAGCUCCACUCCAGCUGAGGGAGCUGGUGAACUGUCGCUGGGCGGAGGAGGUCACCCAGCAGCUGGACACUCUGCAGCUCUGCAGCCUCACCAAGCACGAGGACAACGACAAGGACAAAUGUGAGAACCACCACGAGAAGCUGAGUGUUUUCUGCUGGACCUGUAAGAAAUGCAUCUGCCACCAGUGUGCUCUGUGGGGAGGAAUGCAUGGAGGCCACACCUUCAAGCCUCUGGUGGAGAUCUACGAGCAGCACGUGACCAAGGUGAAGGAGGAGGUCGCCAAGCUGCGCCGCCGCCUCAUGGAGCUCAUCAGUCUGGUCCAAGAAGUGGAGAGGAACGUCGAGGCCGUCAGGGGAGCGAAGGAUGAGAGAGUCAGAGAGAUCCGGAAUGCUGUGGAAAUGAUGAUCGCCCGUCUGGACAACCAGCUGAAGAACAAACUCAUCACCCUCAUGGGCCAGAAGACGUCCUUGACCCAGGAGACGGAGCUGCUGGAGUCUCUGCUGCAGGAGGUGGAGCAUCAGCUUCACUCGUGCAGUAAAAGUGAGCUCAUCUCUAAGAGCCCAGAGAUCCUGCUCAUGUUCCAGCAGGUCCACCGGAAGCCCAUGCAGUCCUUCGUCACCACGCCGGUUCCUCCAGACUUCACCAGUGAGCUGGUUCCUGCCUAUGACUCCAGCACGUUUGUUCUGGUCAACUUCAGCACGUUGAGGCAGCGGGCAGACCCGGUCUACAGCCCUCCUCUACAGAUAUCUGGCCUCUGCUGGAGACUCAAAGUCUAUCCUGACGGUAACGGUGUCGUCCGUGGAAACUAUCUGUCCGUGUUCCUGGAACUGUCUGCUGGACUUCCUGAAACAUCAAAGUAUGAGUACCGUGUGGAGAUGGUCCAUCAGGCCUCCAGCGACCCGAGCAAGAACAUCAUCCGGGAGUUUGCGUCUGAUUUUGAAGUCGGUGAAUGUUGGGGCUACAACCGCUUCUUCAGACUGGACCUUCUGGCCAGCGAGGGCUACCUGAACAUGCAGACGGACACACUGGUCCUCCGCUACCAGGUUCGCUCUCCUACCUUCUUCCAGAAGUGCAGAGAUCAGUACUGGUACAUCAGCCAGCUGGAGUCGGCCCAGAGCGGCUACAUCCAGCAGAUCAACAACCUCAAAGAGAGGUUGGCCAUUGAGCUGUUUCGCCGUCAGACGUCUCGCAGCUCCUCUCCCCCCGACCUGAGGCUGGCUACAGGAACCACCACCUCUGAACGAGACCCUCGCUCUGUAAAGAGUGACGACGACCUCCAGACCACUCUGAGCAACACGAAGAAAGGCGACGAAGAAGAGAGAACCCAGCAUGACGACUCCAACGAGCUGUCGGACGGAGACUUGGAGGUGGACUGUCUGACGGAGGAGGAGGUGAACCCUCUGGAUGGCAGCAGCACCUCAGGGAGCUCCACCGCCACCAGCAACACCGAGGAGAACGACAUCGACGAGGAGACCAUGUCAGGGGAGAACGAUGUCGACUUCAUUGGGAACCUGGAGACAGAAGAAGGAGAGCUUCCUGACGACUUGGCUGGAGCCACAGGUGGCUCCAGCUCCGGUGUGCGUUCUUUACAUCGCAGUGCCGCUGCUGGUCGUAGCUCCGGCGGUAGCGGAGCCGCUGCCGGCGGUGCCGUCGGGCCGGGAACCAACAGCCUCCUGGAGAUCGACCCGGUCAUCCUGAUCCAGCUGCUGGACCUGAAGGAGCGCAGCAGCGUGGAGUCUCUGUGGGGCCUUCAGCCUCGGCCUCCGGUGUCUCUGCUGCACAGCCAAGCCCAUCCUCACUCCAGGAAAGACCGGGAGCGUCGACCUCAGGUGGUGCGACGAUCCGCUCCGGACUCGGGGGUCCUGAUCCGCCUCAAGGCUCAGAUGGCCGAGGUCCGCAGCAAGAUGUCCGACGUCAAGAGUCAAGUGCUGGAGGCCCGGAGCGCCGGAGACCCCAGGCCCGGCCCGUCCGGGGCCUUCGGGGUGGAGGAGCUGCCGUCGCAUCACGGCGAUCCAGAGCUGUCAAACUGUCGUAAACCCGGCGAGCUGGACCUGGUGGGGAGAACGGCUGCAGCCCGGUCCAGACCCUGCCGCCCCGCCAGGAAAUCUCUGUCCCCCGUCCUGGACAGCAGCGGCUCUCUGGUUGUGAAGAGGAGGAGUCCAGAGGAGAUGGAGAAAGACCUGAGAGGAGCAGAAGCUGCUGCAGAGCUCAGUCUGCAUCCUAAAGACGGGAUGGGAGGAGCAGAAGGCGUACUGAAGGCUGACUGCAUCCAGGGGCCCCUGGUGUCUCUGGGCUCCUCAUCAGAGCAGGCCUCCACCUCCAAGCAGCAGUACUCUGUGGAGCAGCAGCUGUACGGGGCCUCGGGCUCCAGGGACGACAUCUUCUCCUUGGGAGGGCCGAGCUAUGUGACUGCCAGCAAGAGCUGUGGCAGCAGGGCCCUGGGGGCAGCCAUGUUGGACUGUGAAUCUGAAAGCUCAGGAAACUCCCAUCAGUCCUUGCUGGAGGCUCCCUCUGCACAGCAGCAGUCAAAUGAAGAUCAGUCGCCGUCUGUUCUUGUGACGGCGACGAGCAGCGACAGCGACACCGAGGACGAGGCCCUGCAGAGCAACAACUCUCGCUACGACAACCACACUCCUCCCUGCACAGGAGAGCAGCUUCUGUCUGAUGACAUGAGUCUGCCUGCUGACAGGUGAUUUCCUCUGUCAGACCGAUGUUCUGCCCUCAAAGGCCUCACAGCGACGCAAUAACGGCCGGAGACGACACAUGAGCUCGUAACACAGAUCUGUAGAGUAGACGCUGCUUGUUAUGCAUGAAGUGAAGACACUGCAACAACCUGCCUGUUUGUCCGGACAUGAAGACGCUUCUCUUUGUGCUCUGGAUAUUUUCAGAAUUGAACGAUCAUAGAUUUAAUGGUAACGACAGCAACCUGUAGAGGUAAUAUUGUGUAGAUACAGUGAAAUGUCACAGUUUUAUGCUAGAAUUGGACAUUAUUUCAUGAUCAGUUCAGUCUAUACAUCACAGAUAAACACAACUAUUUAAUCUGAAAAUCUUUAAGGCAUAAAAACUGUUCACUUUUCCUAGAAUGGUCCGUGGACAUUUAGUCACUUUAUCCGUUAACUUCUGUGUGUGUCGAGGCUUCUGUAAGUCUGCAGCAAACACAUGUACAUCAGCUGUAUCCUGUCAAUAAGAGUGUUUUAUAAUACGUUCAGUCGGUCGGCUCCUGCUCCACAUCCUUCACCUGUGCCCCUGCAGCCUGAACGCUAAAACGUCGCUUUAGUGACACUGCAGCUUGUCAGCAGCUUCAGCUCCUUGUGUGUCUUUCUUUCUCGUUUUUACCGGUAAUUUAUGCAAAUGUCUCCCGUCUUAAUAACAGCAGCAGCAGGAUGUCUGUCUUUAUCUGACAUUUGAAAAGGCUAAAUAAUCACUGAAUCACCUGGAUUAUAAAACUGCUGCUGGACUGUGGGAGCGUCUGUGGGCUGAAACUUUGAAACGCGCUGCGGACCUCAGAAUGAAGGUUUUAACUCUAACGUCGCUGUAGAUACGACGGAAACAUGUUUCACCCCCAGAAAGUUGCUGCACUUUAUGUCCUGCACAGCUGAACAUUUACCAAGGAAUAGUUUGAGACUGAAAUGAGCCGAUUGGUGCCUCUCUGCUUUCUGUGUAGGUGCAGUCAAAAUUCAGCCUGCAAUUGGAGAGCUUAGCUUAGCUUAGCAUAAAGACUGGAAAUAGGAAAGCAACAGCAACAAAACUCCCAUCUGCUCCCCUUCCUUUGUCAUAGAGGCCAAGUUUCUCAAACUGCUGCUCUGUAAAGGUGGAAACUUUCAGAUAAAAGAUAAGAAUGCCUUUUUCAAAACAGACAUUUAGACUUUUUAUGGUGGCAGAAAACUUGAAACUGAAGCAGCUUUAUUGUAGUAACACCUGCCUGCUGUAAAACCUCCAUACCUGGUUUGUAUUUAGCGCUCCAUCAGCAGAACAAAUUCUGCUUUUUAAUGGGUCAGCUCACCUAAAUUACAGAAAGCUUUCUAUUCAUGAGGUGAAUGUAGGGCCGGAGUUGAUUUAUCUUCUCAGUAAAUCCUCUAAAAGAAGAAGAAGAAGAAGAAGCGGGAAACCUUUUUAUUAGGGCUAAAAACAUCAUAUCCUGAUUAAUGUGACAGAUUUUGCAAUAUUGGGCUUGUUUUCAGAGGGAAUCAUCUGAAAUUAAUGUUAUUUUUGCUGCAGUCUGCACCAAAUAGACUUGUUGCCUUACAUCUGGAGGUUAUAACGUCCAGGCUGUAGCACCACAACCCUUCAUUUUGCCUUCUUCAAAAUAUUCCAGCACCAGUGAUUUGAAUUCUAAAUAUUUAUUCACAUUAACCACAUUUACACUUCUGGGUAAAUGGAAGCUGCCUUUUGUAGCUGCUGUAGAUAAUCCACAGAAUCGUUUUGACGGGAAUAUGUGGGACUAUUUAAACAGAAAACGGGACAGAUUGCCCCGUGGAUUUACCCCCAUUUGGACAAAAACGACUAAAACCGUCUGCAGAGAGGAAAUGGCCUCAUGAUUUGGGUGAACUGACCCUUUAAGUUGUUCUGCAUUCCAGGUCAUUUUUAAUUCUCAGAGAACUUGACAGCGAAGCUUAAUAAGCCUCAGUGUAAUUACGUAAUGUGUGCGCUGCUGCGCUGCUGGCUUUUCUUCAUGGAUUUAUUCUUUCUCACCUCGAUGCUCCCGACAAACGGAGCAAACACAAGUCAGAGCUGCACAAGUCAGUUACUGGGAGGAAACAAACAUGUUUGGAAGUGGAGCAGCUUUUUACAUUUCUCUGCACUUUGUACGACUGUUGACUGACUCUUUCCUGUUCCUUGAGCCAUAACUUCCUCUAAAAGACACUUAAUCUUAACAUGUUGUCUACAGUCAUUAGUUUACACUGUAAAUAUGUCCGUAUUUAAGCUUGCUGUGCGGCUUGUACAUGUGCCUGACAGUGCAUGGCUUUAUUGGCUGAUCUGGAGGAGGACAGACGUCUUGUUCUCACCAAGACUGACCUCUAGACGUUGUUGUUUGAAUUAUUCUUCACCUCAACGAGUCCAGUCCAGCCGAUUACGUGAUCCGUCUGCUCUGUUGCCGUCGCUGUUCACGGACACGACCGACACUUGGGAAACGGCGGUCGAACUCUCGCCGCCUGACGACCUUUCCUCUCAUCUGUGCUUGUGUCAAAAGCUGCUUUUCUUCUGAGUGUUCCCAGGAUGCACUGGGUAUGUUUUGAUGUGUACAUUUCCUUUUUGUGUAAUAAAUAAAAUGUUUUACGAUAUUCCAACAGA